UGAAAGAUUUGAACCGGACGCGUUAUUUUAUUUCCGCUGCCGAGCAGAGUCGGAGAUUGCUAUUUUCUCAAUGCUAGAAUUCUAAACCAUUUAUUACCUUUUCGAUGGCAAACAGAACAGUUAAAGAUGCCAAUAGUAUACACGGGACCAACCCACAGUACUUGGUGGAGAAAAUCAUUCGAACCCGAAUCUACGAGUCUAAAUACUGGAAGGAAGAGUGUUUCGGUUUAACAGCCGAGCUGGUGGUGGAUAAGGCCAUGGAGCUGAAGUACGUGGGAGGAGUUUUUGGCGGAAACAUUAAGCCCACACCGUUCCUCUGCCUCACACUAAAAAUGCUGCAGAUUCAGCCAGAGAAGGACAUCAUUGUUGAAUUUAUUAAAAAUGAGGAUUUUAAAUAUGUUCGCAUGCUUGGAGCCAUGUACAUGAGAUUAACUGGCACUGCAGUGGAUUGUUACAAAUACCUCGAGCCUUUAUACAACGACUACAGAAAGAUCAAGAGUCAAAACAGAAAUGGAGAGUUUGAGUUGAUGCACGUGGACGAGUUCAUCGACGGGCUUCUGCACGAGGAGAGGAUGUGUGACGUCAUUCUGCCGCGGCUCCAGAAGAGGCAAGUUCUGGAGGAGGCGGAGAUGUUAGACCCACGUGUCAGUGCUCUUGAGGAAGACCUUGAUGAAGUGGAAAGUAGUGAGGAUGAGGAUGAAGAGGAAGAGAAGCCAGAGAGACUUCCGUCUCCAGAACCUCAUAGACGUAGUUACCGUGACAAUGACAGACCUCGGCGCUCUCCGUCUCCUCGCUACAGACGGAGUCGCUCACCCAGACGGAGGAGCAGAUCUCCAAAGAGGAGGAGUCCGUCACCCCGAAGAGAGCGCCACCGCAGUAAGAGCCCCCGCAGACACCGCAGCCGGUCCAGAGACAGACGUCACCGCUCCAAAUCCCCAGGUCACCACAGGAGCCACCGACACCGGAGCCACUCCAAGUCUCCAGAGAGGAGUUCAAAAAAAAGUCACAAGAAAAGUCGAAGGAACGAGUGAGCAGACCUCUUUUUUCGGCCACAUCCAAAUUGUCUCUGUCUUUUAUAAUAUGUACAUUCUGUACUCUUGUACGUGUUGUUUUUAAUGAUCACAGAUCAGGCGAUCAGGCAACUGCAGCCGGAUCUGUUGAUCCAUCCCUUUAUUCUAUGAUUAAAUAUCAUGCAGAAAAA